GUGCAUUGUGGUUCGUGAUGUGAAAGGAAUACGGAGCGGUCGAUUGAAACCUGUUUACCCGGGAAAUAAAGGCUAAAAUUUAACAUGGAUUCACUGCAGACUGACUCCAAGAGCGCUUUAUAAUAAGGAAGACAGUGUUGAUCAGGAAUAGUGUGCAGUAGGUGAACAGUGGCCACCAUGUACGCUGUGUACAGGCAGGCUCACCCCCCGACGGCCGUCGAGUUCUCCGUCUACUGCCACUUCAUCUCCAGCCAAGAGAAAAACCUGGUGGUGGCGGGGACCUCGCAGUUGCACAUUUACCGCAUCAUCCAUGAUCCAGAGAAUGCACCCAAGACGGAGAAGUCUUCUGAUGUGAAGAGUCGCAAAGAGAAACUGGAACAAGUAGCUUCUUUCUCCCUCUUUGGCAAUGUAAUGUCUAUGGCCAGUGUCCAACUGGUUGGGGCAAGUAGAGAUGCUCUCCUGUUGAGCUUCAAAGAUGCCAAGUUGUCAGUUGUUGAAUAUGAUCCAGGGACACAUGACCUGAAAACCCUUUCCCUACACUUCUUUGAAGAACCAGAACUGAGGGAUGGUUUUGUCCAGAAUGUACACAUUCCAAUUGUUCGUGUGGAUCCAGAAAACCGCUGUGCUGUGAUGCUGGUCUAUGGUACCCAGCUGGUGGUUCUGCCAUUCCGGAAGGACACCUUAACGGAUGAGCAAGAAGGCAUUGUAGGAGAAGGACAGAAGUCCAGUUUUCUUCCCAGUUACAUUAUUGACGUUCGUGAACUAGAUGAAAAACUUCUGAAUAUUAUCGACAUGAAGUUCCUCCAUGGCUACUAUGAGCCCACAUUGCUCAUUUUGUAUGAGCCCAAUCAGACCUGGCCUGGCCGCGUGGCUGUGCGCCAAGACACAUGCAGCAUCGUGGCCAUCUCACUCAACAUAAUGCAGAAGGUGCACCCAGUUAUCUGGUCUUUGAGCAACCUGCCCUUUGACUGCACUCAAGUCAUGGCUGUUCCAAAGCCCAUUGGUGGUGUUGUGGUAUUUGCCGUGAACUCUUUGUUGUACCUGAACCAGAGUGUUCCGCCUUAUGGUGUUUCACUCAACAGCCAAACGAAUGGCACCACAGCCUUUCCCCUGCGUGUACAGGAAGAAGUCAAGAUAACUUUGGACUGUUCUCAGGCAGCUUUCAUAGGCUCGGACAAGAUGGUCAUUUCCCUGAAGGGGGGCGAAAUAUAUGUUCUCACCCUCAUCACAGAUGGGAUGAGGAGUGUUCGGGCCUUUCAUUUUGACAAGGCUGCUGCCAGUGUUUUGACUACCUGUAUGGUGACGAUGGAGCUGGGGUACCUCUUCCUCGGGUCUCGCCUAGGGAACUCCCUCCUGCUGAAGUAUACAGAGAAGCUUCAGGAGACACCCAUGGAAGAGGGCAAAGAGAAAGAGAAGCAAACUGGGGAUGAACCUCUCAGCAAAAAGAAGCGGGUUGAAUCAACUACAAACUGGACAGCUGGGAAAGCACCCCUCCUGGAUGAAGUAGACGAGAUCGAGGUGUAUGGCAGUGAAGCCCAAUCGGGCACACAGCUGGCCACCUUUUCUUUUGAGGUGUGUGACAGCAUUUUGAAUAUUGGUCCUUGUGCUAAUGCUUCAAUGGGGGAACCAGCCUUUCUGUCGGAAGAGUUCCAGAGCAACCCGGAGCCAGACCUUGAAGUGGUGGUAUGCUCAGGUUAUGGAAAGAAUGGUGCUCUUUCUGUACUACAGAGGAGCAUUCGACCCCAGGUGGUAACCACCUUUGAGCUGCCUGGUUGUCAUGACAUGUGGACGGUCAUCUACACUGAGAAAGAGGAGGAAGAGCAGUUGCCCCCUGAAGGAGAGAGCGAAACCCCUUCAGAGACCCCACUGGAGCCCACAGAUGUUGAGGACAAGAACAAGCAUGGUUUCCUCAUCCUGAGCAGAGAAGACUCCACUAUGAUUCUGCAGACAGGACAGGAGAUCAUGGAGCUAGACACCAGUGGAUUUGCAACACAGGGCCCCACUGUGUUUGCAGGGAACAUUGGAGACAAUAAAUACAUCAUUCAGGUCUCGCCAAUGGGGAUCCGGCUUCUGGAAGGAGUGACACAGUUGCACUUCAUCCCUGUGGACCUGGGCUCGCCCAUUGUGCAGUGUGCUGUGGCAGAUCCCUAUGUAAUCAUCAUGACAGCUGAGGGAGUGGUCACCAUGUUUGUGCUUAAGUGUGACACUUACAUGGGCAAGACACACAGGUUGGCUCUGCAGAAGCCUCAACUGCACACUCAAUCUCGUGUCCUCACUUUGUGUGCGUACCGCGACAUCAGUGGCAUGUUCACCACAGAGAACAAGGUGUGCAGCCUGGCUAAGGAGGAAACAGCAGCACGCAGUCAGUCCGAAGCCGAGACCAUUAUCCACGACAUCACUAACACGGUAGACGAUGAGGAGGAGAUGCUGUAUGGGGACUCCAGCCCCCUCUUCAGCCCCACGCAGGAGGAGCCAAGCAGCAGCACAACAGUAACCCAACCCCGGGCAGAUGGCACACCAAGCAAGGCAGAGCCUACGCAUUGGUGCAUGAUGGUGAGGGAGAACGGAGUCAUGGAGAUUUACCAGCUUCCAGAAUGGCGCCUUGUGUUCCUGGUGAAGAACUUUCCAGUUGGCCAACGUGUGCUGGUGGACAGCUCCUCUGGACAGUCUGCAGCUCAGGGGGAGAGCAAGAAAGAAGAAGUGACACGACAAGGAGAGAUACCUUUGGUCAAGGAGGUGGCCCUAGUGUCACUGGGUCACAACCAUUCUCGGCCUUAUUUGUUGGUUCAUGUUGAGCAGGAGCUUCUCAUCUAUGAGGCCUUCCCAUAUGAUCAACAGCAAGCCCAGAACAACUUAAAAGUUCGGUUUAAAAAGAUGCCGCAUAAUAUUAACUUCCGAGAGAAGAAAACCAAACUGUCAAAGAAAGACAAGAAGACAGAAGGAGGACCAGGGGAUGAUGUGUCAGGGUUCAAAGGUCGGGUUGCUAGGUUCAGAUACUUUGACGACAUAUCUGGUUACUCCGGGGUUUUUAUCUGUGGACCAUCUCCUCAUUGGAUGAUGGUGACAUCUCGUGGAGCCAUGAGGCUUCACCCCAUGACCAUUGAUGGGCCCAUUGAAUCGUUUGCCCCAUUCCACAACAUAAACUGCCCCAAGGGAUUCCUAUACUUCAACAAGCAGGGUGAACUUAGGAUUAGUGUGCUACCCACCUACCUGUCAUAUGAUGCUCCAUGGCCUGUUAGGAAGAUACCCCUCAGAUGCACUGUGCACUAUGUGGCAUACCAUGUAGAGUCCAAGGUGUACACUGUGUGCUUGAGUGUGAAAGAGCCGUGCACACGUAUUCCCAGAAUGACAGGAGAAGAGAAGGAGUUUGAAGUCAUAGAGAGAGAUGAACGGUACAUCAACCCACAGCAGGAGAAGUUCUCAAUCCAACUGAUUUCACCUGUUAGCUGGGAGGCUAUUCCCAACACACGCAUUGACCUGGAGGAGUGGGAACAUGUGACGUGCAUGAAGACGGUGGCACUGAAGAGCCAGGAGACAGUGUCAGGCCUGAAGGGAUAUAUUGCUGUUGGGACAUGCCUCAUGCAAGGGGAGGAGGUCACAUGUCGAGGCCGGAUACUGAUCUUGGAUGUGAUAGAAGUUGUUCCAGAGCCAGGACAACCACUGACCAAGAACAAGUUCAAAAUCUUGUAUGAGAAGGAGCAGAAGGGUCCCGUCACUGCCUUGUGCCAUUGCAGUGGCUACCUUGUCUCAGCCAUUGGCCAAAAGAUAUUCCUGUGGAGUCUGAAGGACAAUGACCUGACAGGCAUGGCCUUCAUCGAUACACAGCUCUACAUUCACCAGAUGUACAGCAUCAAGAACUUCAUCCUGGCAGCCGAUGUCAUGAAGAGCAUCUCGCUUUUGCGCUAUCAGGAGGAGAGCAAGACGCUGUCGCUUGUUAGCAGGGAUGCCAAACCUCUGGAGGUGUAUAGUAUAGAAUUCAUGGUGGACAACAACCAGCUGGGAUUUCUGGUGUCUGAUAGAGACAAGAAUUUGCUGGUGUACAUGUAUCUCCCAGAAGCCAAAGAGAGUUUUGGAGGCAUGCGCCUACUGCGGCGUGCCGAUUUCAAUGUGGGGGCCCAUGUGAACACCUUCUGGAGGAUGCCCUGCCGUGGGGCGAUGGAGACAGGCAGCAAAAAGACUCUCACUUGGGACAACAAGCACAUCACCUGGUUUGCAACGCUGGAUGGAGGCAUCGGGUUGUUACUACCCAUGCAGGAGAAGACGUACCGCCGACUGCUGAUGCUGCAGAAUGCCCUGACUACCAUGCUGCCCCAUCAUGCUGGGCUGAACCCCAAAGCGUUCAGAAUGCUACACACUGAUCGGCGCACGCUGCAGAACCCUGUACGUAACAUCCUGGAUGGAGAACUUCUCAACAAGUACCUGUAUCUGAGCACCAUGGAGCGCAGUGAGCUGGCCAAGAAGAUCGGCACUACCUCUGACAUUAUUUUGGAUGAUCUUCUGGAGAUAGAUCGAGUGACGGCGCAUUUUUAAAAGCAGCACUUCCACCUGAACCUGCAAUGU